UAUAUAUAUAUAUAUAUAUAUAUAUAUAUAUAUAUAUAUAUAUAUAUAUAUAUAUAUAUAUAUAUAUAUAACCCAUUGAAUUAUUUAAAAACAUGUAUAGCACGCUGCAUGCCAUUUGUCAGUAAGGAAGGAUAUUUAAAAUGCUGUCAUGAUUUAUUAACGCUAUGGCCUCACAGCGGUGAGUGACUGAACUCACUUCGGUUUUGCUUCAGUCGGUCAAUUUGUCAGUGGCUCUCCACCCUCACCUGUUGAUUUUUUUUUUUUCUCACGACAUUCCGGAUGAAUUUAAAUUAGAAACGCCCUUUGAAAAUUAAAAAAGCCACAAUAUUUUAGCAGCUAGCAUUACUUACAUGUUUUGUAAUGGCACUUUUGCUGGAUCAGCAGUUUGCGCCGCUGCCAGACAACAACGAGAUCGCUACGAAAACAUUUCUGGAGUCAGUUUCUCAUCUGCCACCUUUUUUCGAUUGCCUUGGUUCUAAGGUUUUUGCACCAAUUAAGGCUGACAUAAAUGGAAACAUCACAAAAAUUAAGGCUGUCUAUGACUCAGAUCCAGUGAAGUAUGAGACUCUUCAGCAAAUACUGUUGGUUGAGAAAAGCAUUCAUGGCUCAGAGUGGCCUAAAGUUGGAGCCACAUUGGCGCUUAUGUGGUUAAAGAGAGGUCUGCGGUUCAUUCAGGUUUUACUGCAAAGUCUAGCGGAUGGGGAGAGAGAUGAGGACAAUCCCAAUCUUAUUCGCAUCAAUAUCACUAAAGCUUAUGACCAAUCCCUCAAGAGGUACCACGGCUGGAUCGUCCAGAAGGUUUUCAAGGCUGCCCAAUUUGCUGCACCGUGCAGGUCAGAUUUUCUGAAAGCUUUAUCCAAGGAUCAAGAAGUUGCAGAGGAGGAAUGCUUAGCAAAAGUUCGCCAGUUCUUGAUAAACUUCACUGCAAAUGUAGAUGCCAUUUAUGAAAUGUAUUCCGUAAUGAAUGCUGAACUGGACUACUUGGUUUGAAACAUCCUACAGAUGUCAGUUUCUGAAGCAAUUCAGUCUAUUCAUCUUUAAAGGAUUAGUUCACUUUCAAAUGAAAAUUACCCCAAGAUUUACUCACCCUCAAGCCAUCCUAGGUGUAUAUGACUUUCUUCUUUCUGAUGAACACAAUCGGAGUUAUAUUAAUAAAUAUCCUGACGCAUCUGAGCUUUGUAAUGGCAGUGAGCAAUACCAACGAGUAUGAGCUGAAGAAAAAGUGCUUCCAUCCACAUUCAGUACAUUGUGUAAAGUGGUAUAAAUAUAUCCACAUCCCUAUAAUCAGAUGCUUUCUUAACUACUGUUUUCUCACCAUUGUCAUUUGUUCAUUUAAGCCGUUUUGUGAAUGACGCCUUAAAAGGAGUAGUUCACCCAAAAAUGAAAAUUAUCCCAUGAUUUACUCACCCUCAAGCCAUCGUAGGUGUAUAUGACUAUCUUCUUUCAGACGAACACAAUCGGAUAUGUUUUAAUAAAUAUCCUGACGCAUCCAAGCUUUAUAAUGGCAGUAAAUGGGGGGGCAAUACUUUAAAGCCCCCAAAAAAAAUGCAUCCAUCCAUCAUAAAAAUAAUCCAUACGGCUCCGAGGGCUUAAUAAAGGCCUUUCUAAAGCGAUGCGAUGGGUUUUUGUGAGAAAAAUAUCCAUAUUUAAAAUUUUAUAAACUAAAAUAACUAGCUCCCGGCAGACGACUGUUCGCAUACUGCGCAAGUCGACUUGCACCACAUGAAUAACCCGUGACGUGAUGUAUGACGCAGGAUGUAGGAGUACCGUAAGCUUAGAUGCCUCUCGCGGUUCAAACAAAUAGGGCUGGGCAACAAACUCAAGCUCCUCUUCUCUUAUAUCGAAAUUCUCUGACAUUUCCCUUUAAAAAUUCUCGUUUUAGACUUCUAAUUCGUGACCAGUGUUUUGUUUUGCUCUAUCCUCUGUGCUUCCACAUUUGUCAUUGCGUCAUGCGUCGGGUCAGGGGUUACUCUUCCGCUGCAAAUCAAUGAUACGGCCGCAUUAGAUUAGACUUAGAAAAGUUUUGUCCUUGUGUUGUUGUAUGACAGUAGAUGUUUGUACAUGUAGAAUUAAUUCUCUAGUGUGGAUGAGGACAUAAGGACUUACAUGCUGUUUCAUAAAGUGAUGAUGCUUCGUUUCCAUGAUUCAGCAAAAACAGCUUGUGUUGUCUGUAUUCUGUGAAUAACUAACUAUAAGGAAUCUGGGCUCUGGAUACAUGACACUGGCUAAACAAGAUUUCCCAAUAAUCCUUGCAGUGCAGUGUAGUAUAAUAUAAAAAGUGCAUAGGAUAAAUUGAUAAGUCAUUUGGAAGGAGUCACACUGACAUUUUAAUGAACUUUUAUGGAUUUCUCUUAAGAUAACAUGUAAGUUCAUAUAAUGCAUUUAAUGGUGUUAAGUGGGAAUGUCAUACAUAGUUUAAUCAUAAAUCAUACAGUAGAUUGCCUGUUACUUUGAUUUAGCUUUGCAUGUAAAUGUGGUUUUGUAAAGCACAUUGCCUAUAUUAAUUUACAGGUCAAGGGGGCAUAGCAGCUGCUGGCCACACUAGAUACUGACUGCUACUUUUGAUGUUGUUCAGGGACUCAUUGUUCCAUUUCUGUUCAUCAAAUGUCAGUGAAACUUGUUUAGUUUGUGUCUCAUUUGUUGAAUCUUUUUAUGUUCAUACCAAUAUUUAUAUGGUAAGACA